GCGGAUGAUCUAGUCAGUAUUACAAGAGGUAUAUUCUCUCUCUGCAGRUCUUCAGUCAGCUGCCUGUUMAGAAGUUGUCUGGAUAUUCACACAGAGUARAAGACUUUGACCCCUACCCAUGCCUACYAUUUCCUCCAAUYAUUGAAGAGGAGAUGGAGGUGCCCCCUCCACCUGYACCUAAACUGGCUGAGGAUUUGGAAGCAACACCCGUACCUGAUAGGAAAAAACGCUCAUUCUGGUUUGGCCCCAACAACGACAAAAACGACGUUUACAACAUCUUUAAAGAAGUUGGAAUCAAGAUCCUGACCAACUCCGACGUGAAAAAGCCUCUUGACUGUAACCCACGCUUUUCUAUGGAAUAUGACGAUAUUGUAGACGAUAUUGUAGAAAACGGUAUGAUACGCUAAUGUGURAACCUUUCU